AUGGACGUCAUAUUUGGCAGAAAUAAGAGGGAGCAUCUGGAACCCGUGAGGGCCCAAGUGACAGGCAGGAUUCCAUCAUGGCUGCAGGGCACUCUGCUUUGCAAUGGGCCCGGAAUGCACACAGUGGGGGAGACCAGAUACAACCACUGGUUUGAUGGCCUGGCUUUGCUCCACAGUUUCACGAUUAGAGACGGUGAAGUCUAUUACAGGAGCAAAUACCUGAGAAGUGAUACCUACAAUGCCAACACCAAGGCCAACAGGAUUGUGGUGUCAGAGUUUGGAACGAUGGCCCAUCCAGACCCCUGCAAAAACAUAUUUUCUAAAGCUUUUUCCUACUUGUCCCAUACCAUCCCUGAUUUCACAGACAACUGCCUGAUAAACAUCAUGAAGUGUGGAUAAGACUUCUAUGCGACCACAGAGACCAAUUACAUCAGGAAAAUCAACCCACAGACUCUGGAAACCCUGGAGAAGGUGGAUUAUCGCAAUUACGUGGCGGUAAAUCUGGCAACAUCGCAUCCUCAUUAUGAUGCGGCUGGAAAUGUUCUUAAUGUGGGCACAUCCAUCAUGGACAAGGGGAAGACAAAAUAUGUGAUCUUUAAGAUCCCUGCCACAGUACCAGAGGACACGAAGGGGAAGAACCCGUUGAAGCACACAGACGUGUUCGGUUCCAUCACCUCCCGCUCGCUCCUCUCCCCGAGCUAUUACCACAGCUUCGGAGUCACCGAGAGCUACAUCGUUUUCCUCGAGCAGCCUUUCAAGCUGGACGUCCUCAAGAUGUCAACUGCGUACAUCCGGGGAGUGAACUGGGCUUCCUGCCUGGCUUUCCACAGGGAGGACCAGACUUACAUUCACAUCAUCGACCAAAGGACUGGGAAGCCUGUGCCGACCAGGUUUCACACGGACCCCAUGGUGGUGCUUCAUCACGUCAACGCCUACGAAGAGGACGGCUGCCUUGUGUUUGACGUCAUCGCCUACGAGGACGGCAGCCUUUAUCAGCUCUUCUAUUUGGCCAACCUGAACCAGGACUUGGAGGAGAACUCCAGGCUCACCUCCAUUCCCACCCUCCAGAGGUUCGCCGUGCCCCUCGAUGUGGACAAGAAUGCAGAAGUGGGAUCAAAUGUAGUCAAACCAGCAUCCACAACGGGCUCCCCAGACAUCGCCUCAUCUCACCCCGACAGUCUCAUCCUGUUGUCCUUGACGUUACAUGAGUUCGCGUCCGUGAAGCGCUUCACCGAGAACCUGGCCGCUAGCUUAGAGCUGCCUCGGAUCAAUUAUGCUCACAACGGGAAGCCCUACCGCUAUGUCUUUGCGGCCGAAGUUCCCUGGAGUCCCAUCCCAACCAAGAUCCUGAAAUACGACAUUCUCACAAAGUCAUCCUUAAAAUGGGGACAGGAGCACUGCUGGCCAGCAGAACCCCUGUUUGUCCCCAUGCCGGGUGCCAAGGGCGAGGAUGAUGGAAUUAUCUUAUCAGCCAUCGUCUCUACCGAUUCCCAAAAGCUUCCUUUUCUGCUUGUUCUGGAUGCCAAAAGUUUCACAGAACUGGCUCGUGCGUCCAUUGACGCAGAGGUGCACCUGGAUCUCCACGGGUUAUUCAUCCCAGACGCAGACGGGGACGCGAGGGAGCAGGCCCCUUCCCAGGAACAGCCGGACAGGAUUCCAGACUGCCAUGUGGCCCCAUGGACCUGA